UUCGCGAGUUUUGUUAACCAAGAAUUCUACUACAUUGCACUAGCCAGAAAAUCUCUUUAAAAUGAUUUUAGUUACAAAGCUAGCAGUCUUGGGAAUUUUAGUUGCACACUGCGAGGCAAACACGACCAGAAUUAAGAGGAAAAAUAUACUGCUCUCGAGAGAACGACGUUACUUGAUGUUUCCAAAAGGUAGCAAUUUCGUGAUAAACCUGACGUGUACAAAACCUUUGUUGAGAGCACAGCCCACUGGAUGGAACACAGUAUACGAGGUGGAUUUUCCUUUUGCGCUCCCUCCAGAUACUAGAAAUCUCUUUUUUAAACAAAAACCAGAAAGGCGCGUAAUUGAAAAGAGGAAUGUAAUUGAAAAUAUCGAAAAGAUCUUAGCACAGACAGGAGUAAACAGCACAUCUUGUAUUAAUCGGUUUAUAUGCGAAUCUAAACAAUAUGCCGGAAUGAAACAAAAUUCAUUGCUAAAUCACCUUGUCGACGUUGUUUUCAGAUCAUUCACGGAGGAAGAACAGUUUCCGGAGUAUAAAGAUGCGUGCGAAUCUACUCACUUCGAACUUUGUCCACUAUCUUUAUUCAAUUUAUUUACCGCAACACCCCAAAUGUAGCCUCUAAUAAAA